UCUACUGACAAAAGCAAUAAAGAAUCAGCCAUCAGUGAAGAACCAAGAGAAACUCUUUACAGAAGGAUCUUUGUGAAGGUUGUUUCUGAAUAGAUAGCAGAUCUUUGUGAUUCUCGAGGUGAUUCGUUUUUCAAACUGUCGUUCAGAAAGUGAAAGUAAAGUUUAGAUCGCUGGAGCUCAAAGAGUGAAAAUGGCUUCUCUAUCUGAAGAUGAUUAUAUUUGUCACGUGUGCUGUGAAAUCUUCAAGAAUCCUGUUCUUCUGUCAUGUAGUCACAGUUUCUGUAAAGAGUGUCUUCAGCAGUUCUGGAGAACCAAGAAAACUCAGGAGUGUCCCGUCUGCAGGAGAAGAUCCUCAAGAGAUCAGCCUCCAGUUAAUCUAGUGUUAAAAAACUUGUGUGAGUCGUUCCUGAAGCAGAGAAAUGAGAGGCAUUCAUCAGGAUCUGAGGAGAUCUGCAGUUUACACAGUGAGAAACUCAAACUCUUCUGUCUGGAGGAUAAACAGCCGGUGUGUUUAGUGUGUAUGAAUUCACAGAAACAUGACAAUCAUAAAUUCAGACCCAUCGAUGAAGUGGUUUCAUCAUAUAAGGAGGAGCUCAAUACAGCACUGAAAUCAUUACAGGAGAAACUUCAACACAAUGAAGAAAUGAAAGGAGAGUUUGAGAAAACAGUUCAACACAUCAAGGUGAGGAAACAGAAUCCAGAGUGUUACGGUCGAGCUCGUUCCAAGACCACAACAUAAAGAGGGAGACUGACAAUGAAAUAGGGUUUAAAUAAUUUAUAAUUUAUUGGGAAAAGAAAUUAAGCAAUAAAACAUAAACAAUGUUCUUUGUCUAGGGAAAAAGAAAUAACACUUUUUUUUUAAAUAUAUGUCUAAAUGCAAUGAAAGAUCAAUAUUAAAAGGGAAAAAGAAAACCCAAGGUGUGUGAGACCAAAGCAUGUGACCUUCCUUUAAGACCAACAGCCCAGUUCUUUAUAUAGAAAAGACCGCUGGUAUACAAUCACCCAUGCCCCAGGUGUGCCCAGUUACCUAACUGCCCCUCAGGCCAAUCCCUGCCCAUGCACUGACAAAGAAAGGCCUAAGGAGAGCACAGGGGGUCGUAACACCGCCCUCCCUAGAAAGAGGUUUACAGUACUGAAAACCUGCACCACACACGUAAACAAACCAACAGACCUCCUGUGAUGCAUCCAUUUCUUUCCUUCAUCCUGGGCUCUAGGAACAAGAAAAGAAACCAAGAGCACCCCCCCAAAAGUCUAGACAUGAGACAACAUGUCUGCAAUAAUGUUAUCUUUGCUGCUGAUAUGUCUAAUGUCUAGUGGGUACUGUUGUAGAA